GGUGGUGAUGGUGACGUCAUCACCUGGUCAUGCUGCAGACUUCGAUUUGUUCAAAACUAUUAUUUUUACAACGUUUCUUGUGCGUUACCUGUUUCUGAAGGUCUUGUACCUGUGGGACGAUGGGUAUUCUGGAGAAGAUAGCCGAGAUUGAGCGAGAAAUCGCUCGAACUCAGAAAAAUAAAGCAACUGAGUACCAUCUUGGUUUGUUAAAAGCCAAGCUCGCCAAGUACAGAGCCCAGCUUCUGGAGCCUUCCAAAUCAGCCGGAGCCAAAGGUGAAGGCUUUGAUGUUAUGAAGUCGGGUGAUGCCAGGGUUGCUCUAAUUGGAUUUCCAUCAGUAGGCAAGUCCACCUUUCUGAGCUUAAUGACCUCAACAGAAAGUGAAGCAGCUUCUUAUGAGUUCACGACACUGACCUGCAUCCCGGGUGUUAUUGAGUAUAAAGGUGCCAACAUACAGCUGCUGGAUUUGCCUGGGAUUAUUGAAGGAGCAGCUCAAGGAAAGGGUCGAGGCAGACAGGUGAUAGCUGUAGCCAGAACAGCAGAUGUGGUCAUCAUGAUGCUGGAUGCAACCAAAGGUGAUGUGCAGAGGAAACUUCUGGAAAAAGAACUUGAAUCUGUUGGGAUCAGACUCAACCGGUCCAAACCCAAUAUUUACUUUAAGCCUAAGAAAGGUGGUGGUCUGUCCUUCAAUUCGACAGUUCCUCUCACACAUUGCUCUGAGAAACUUGUGCAGCUCAUUCUUCACGAGUAUAAAAUCUUCAAUGCUGAGGUUUUGUUUAGAGAAGACUGUACCUCAGACGAAUUUAUUGAUGUCCUUGUGGGCAACAGAGUGUACAUGCCUUGUUUAUAUGUGUACAACAAAGUGGACCAGAUUUCAAUAGAAGAAGUAGACCGUCUCGCCCGUCAGUCUAACAGUGUCGUGAUCAGCUGCGGCAUGAAGCUGAAUCUAGACUAUCUCCUGGAGCAGCUGUGGGAAUACCUGGCUCUGAUCUGUCUCUACACCAAGAAGAGAGGAGAGCGACCAGAUUUUAGUGACCCAAUCAUCAUGAGAAGAAGCGCAUCAGUAGAACAUGUGUGCCACCGAAUCCACAGGACAUUAGCCAGCCAGUUCAAAUACGCACUUGUCUGGGGCACGAGCACGAAGUACAGCCCGCAGAGAGUAGGACUGACGCACAUUAUGGAACAUGAGGAUGUGAUUCAGAUUGUGAAGAAAUAAUCUCAUGUCUUCAAUCAUAGUCAUUGUACAAUUACAAAAGAUUACAUUUUUUACCCUAUACACAACUGCUUCAUGCAUUUACUUUACCCAGAUGACAUUAGAAAGAGCCUUUAUUGAUCAUUUUGUUAAAAAAAACCCAACCAAAACCAAGGAUGGAUUGCAGAUUUGGUGCCCAUAUAAAACAAAGCAGAAGUAUUUUAAUGGUUUUAUUUUCAUCACUGAUUAGGGAUAUUGAUUAUAUAUAAUUUGAGUCAUGCAUGAAACUUGAAUUUGGCAACAGGUUGAUAUUUUUCUUGCUUACAAUCCAGUACUCCUGUUGAAUUUAAAAAAAAAAUGUCAAAUUGAAAGCAAUAAAAAUGAAUCACUUCCGAGGUUCAGACACUUGUCGGUAUGUUAAAAGGGAUACGAGAACACCAGUAUGACUGAAGCUUGUUAAAAUAGUAACUGCAGGGGCGGUGGAUUGCUUUUGGUAAAGUGAUAAAGGAAUAUUUCACACAGUCGUCGUCUUAACAAUGAUAUUUUUAUAUACAGUGUAGCCAUUUUAAAGCAAGCUUAAUGUGCAUUAGAUAGCAAUUAAAACAGGCCACAAAGGAGAAAAACAUUACCAGUAUUGUGUGCUGUUGUGGAAAAGUACAGUACCAGUCAAAAGUUUGUACACCCCUACUACUACUCCUUCAUAGUGGUGUUUUUUUUUGUUUUUUGUUUUUAACCUGUAUUUUCUACAUCAUAGAAAAAUACUGAAGACAUCAAAACUAUGAAAUAACGUAUGGAAUUGUGGUUAAAAAAAAAAAAGUUUCAUAUUUUCGCUUCUUCAAAGUAUCCAGUGUUUACCUUGAUGAUGCUUUGCACACUAUUUGCAUUAUCUUAACCAGUUUCAUGAGGUUGUCACCUGGAAUGCUCUUCAAUUAACAGGUGCCUCGUCAAAAGUUAAUUAAUGCAAUUUCUUGCCGCCUUAAUGUGUUUGAGAUCAAACAGUAAAUAAUAAAUACAGUAAAUAGCCCUAUUCCACAACUGUAUUAAUCCAUAUUAUGUCAAGAACCGCUCAACUAAGUAAAGAGAAACGACAUCCAUCAUCACUUUAAGACAUGAAGUGUCUUUUAAUUAAUAAAAAUAAAUAACAUUGAAUUAGAAGGUGUGUCCAAACUUUAGACUGGUACUGUACACUAUUAAAUACAACACCAGUAUUUGUUGCCUUAGUUUUUAGUGACUGUAUUACAUUAAAGCCUUAUGUGUCAGGCUGUUUUAAAAAUUCGUAUAAGAGUAACAAUGGAGAGUCUUUAUCAGGGCUUCAGGAAAAAAAAAUUGUUCAGACUUCAAAUUUGGAAAAUGCAGCUUUCAUUUUGACGCUGAUGUUAUUGUUCGGCUCCUGUAGGUGUUAUUGUGCUUAAUUGUACACUUACAAGAUGCCAACUGUUACCUUCCCUUUAUUCAUCUGAAAACCUAGAGCUGCUGCUUCUAUUCAUUAGUGAAAACUAGUAUAAUACACAUCAUUAAAUAUGCAUGUGGAGGCACUCGGGCCAUACAACACAGCGAGCAAGUGGAGUGUGGGGAAUGAGCAAAACCUUUAAGCAGGACCACUUUAGGCCUUGGGUCUUCUGUAACUAAUAUAAUAAUAAUCAUAAUAAGGAUAAGCAAAAUGGAGAGACUUUGUUUUGGAAUUACUUGAGGAGCAGCGAUAUCCUACUCGGUGCAGUGAAGGUAAGGGGGUUUGAUGCCAUGCUACAGGUUUGGAUAUUUGAUGCUGGAACCAUAUGGCACAACAUGACAGGUGUGUGGGGCUAGUUCACCUGCAGCUUUUGCUAAAAUACUUUGUUUUUUAAAAUGGCAUAAGUGUUGCAUAAACACCAAUCUUGGAUAAUAAGUUGAUUUUACCAUUUCUACAUUUUCAGACCUUUAACUAUAGGAAUAUUUGUCUACAAAUUAUUAUUUAUAUUCCAUAUCAAGCUUCGAUACAUCUCUCUUUUCUUGGUUAUAGCCAUCUAUGGAUAAUGUAAAUGAUCCAUAUUUUGAAAAUUGUCAGUUGAAAUCCAAUACUUUAAGAAACCCCCCCAAAUUAAAAGUUUUGUAUGGUUUUUGGGACACAGAGUGGAAUGUUUUAAGAAUAGACUGUCAGUUUUUGGGGUCAUAUGUGAUUAGUGGCUGAAUGUAGAAUAAGUCACUUGUGCAGCACUUGUCAUUUUGUAAACAAGCACAUUGAAAACCAUGAAGUACUGCUUAUCUGAUAGUGUAUCAGUCAAACGUGCCAUUUGAUGCAACAUUUUUCACAAUCCCCACCAGCAUUAUAAGUUGAUUUUUAAGUAAAAUGUCCAUUGUUUUUAUGAGGGCUUAUAACCUGCACAGUCAUGUUGACUAACCUAGACAACUGUGGAACUCUGCUGCCCUCUACUGCAAAAAACAAGUGCUGAUGGUGAUGGACUUUCCCUUGGUAAAGACACUAUAACCUCACAAGGUCAAUAAAAGAGUUGUGAUUGCUUCCACUGCAGACAACAGAGGGUUUUGAACCAAGUAUUUUUAACAAGUACUACUAAAUAUUUUAUCAUAUCUUCUUACCUUUGAAGUGAGCAGUCUGAUUCUGGCUAUUUAUCAUUUAGGCCAGCUUGAAUCAAGCUCGAUAUGUGUUUUAGAAUCUCAUGUUAGGUCUAGCCGGAGUUAUUAAUGCUAAUCCAUUGCAGAUUGUUACAUUUUGCUUAAUCAGUAUUUAUCAGUGCCUGUAGGUAGUUAAAUAAAUCUUGAGAGAAAUAAGUUUUGGGGCUAUUUAUUUGUUUGGCAUCACAAUGUGAACAUUUGAUAGGCUUUCUGAUGCAGUAAACAGUGUCUGGACAGUGGUGGGAUCCAAAAGUGGGCAUCUAUCCCUUCAUCUUUUAUUUUUUACACCCUUUAUUAUGGGGGCAGCCUUGGGCCUAAAGGAUCGCCAGUUUGAUUCACAGGACCGACAGGAAAAAUGUGAGGGAGAGUUGAGUCAAUGAACAGCACUUUCUCCUCCCUCUGUAUCAUGGCUGAAGUGUCCUUGAGAAAGGCACCUAACCCCCAACUGCUUCCCGGGCACUGUAGCAUAGCUGCUCACUACUGAGUGUGUGUGUGUGUGUGUGCGCUCAUUGCUCACUUGUGUGCGCAUGUGUGUGUUCACUGCUUCAGAUGGGUGAAAUGCAGAGGAGGAAUUUCGCUGUGCUUGAGUGUACAUGUGGCAAAAUAAAGGCUUCUUCUGUUAUCAAGUUCUAAUUUUAGGUGACAUGAUCGGAUAUAUACUGUAAACAGUAUUUACAUGUAUUAUUUAUUUGUUAUAGGAUACUCUAUUUGUAACUUCCUUAGCUGCUUUACAGCCACAAGGUAGUGUAUACAGGAAUAAAUACUAGAAUAAAUGCAGAUUUAUUGUGAAUAAACUAUAAAAAUGAAACUGA